CACCCCUCCCUGCCCGGAGCCCGGAUGAAGAGUAACGCCAUUACCGCCGGAGCCGCCGAGAGCCGCUGCGGAGGGGGACCGGACGCCGGAGCGACCGCGCCAUGAAGCCCCUCCCCCGCCUGCUGCUGCUUCUCCUGCUGGUGUUACCCGCCACUCUCUUGCUCCGAGGCCGCCCAGGAGGCUCAUUGGCAGCGGCUCAAGAUCUUACAGAAGAUGAAGAAACGGUGGAAGAUUCUGUAAUUGAAGAUGAAGAUGAUGAAGCAGAAGUGGAAGAAGAUGAACCCACAGAUUUGGCUGAAGAUAAAGAGGAAGAAGAUGUAUCUGGUGAACCUGAAGCUUCACCAAGUGCAGAUACAACCAUCCUGUUUGUGAAAGGAGAAGAUUUUCCAGCAAAUAACAUUGUGAAGUUCCUGGUAGGCUUUACAAACAAGGGUACAGAAGAUUUUGUCGUUGAAUCUCUAGACGCCUCAUUCCGUUAUCCUCAGGACUACCAGUUUUACAUCCAGAAUUUCACGGCUCUUUCUCUCAACACUGUAGUGCCGCCCCAGAGGCAGGCAACUUUUGAGUACUCCUUCAUUCCCGCAGAGCCCAUGGGUGGCCGGCCCUUUGGUCUAGUCAUCAAUCUGAACUACAAAGAUUUGAACGGCAAUGUUUUCCAAGAUGCUGUCUUCAAUCAAACAGUUACAGUUAUUGAGAGAGAAGAUGGGCUCGAUGGAGAAACAAUCUUUAUGUAUAUGUUCCUUGCUGGUCUUGGGCUUUUGGUGGUGGUUGGCCUUCAUCAACUCCUAGAAUCUAGAAAGCGCAAGAGACCCAUACAGAAGGUAGAGACGGGUACCUCGAGUCAGAGUGAUGUUGACAUGAGCUGGAUUCCUCAGGAAACUUUGAAUCAGAUCAAUAAAGCUUCACCAAGAAGGUUGCCCAGGAAACGGGCACAGAAGAGAUCGGUGGGAUCUGAUGAGUAAAUGUUCUUUGUGCAACAGUUCGGUCUUUACUUAACCCGCCCUAAUGUUUUUCGGCCUGAUGGGAAUUAGUGCAGAGAAGCCAUAUCACCAUAGAAGGCAACUACUACUUAUGUGUGGACUGAGCAAUCAGAGUCUGUGGCGAUAACAUUGCUGAAAAUGCACUGCAUUUAUUUUUCUAAAGUAACAAAUUUGGUUUUUUUAAAACCAUUAAAAUCUAUGUGAGUGUGUGUGUAUGUAUGUGAGCAGUUGGUCUUACCAGAAUCAUUGUUGAACUACCUGAAGCAUGCCUUUAGAAUACUAAAUAUAAUGCUAUGGUCUCUUCCUUUUGGACAUUUUCUGGCAUUUUCCCCCCAAACUCAGCAUUUGCCCGGUAUGACUGUAGAUGUCCUGCCUUGGACUGUUUUUUUUAAAAAAACAAUGUUUCUUCUUUAGAAUAGCACAAAUCCCGCUUGAUGGCACAAAUUUGCAUGUUGUUGCUGUUUUACAACUAGUAUUCUAAAGGCAGGAGCAGGCGUAGCUGCUUAAGCAGAACUGUUUUGGUAUUUUGCUGCUGUUUACUAUAAUGCGUACCUUCCGAGACCUUCCCAGACCUUCCCAAGUAAGUUCAAGGAAUUUGGGGAUCUCUAGCACCAAAAUUGUGAAACAUGAAAAUUCUGGUUUUGAUAUAUAAAACCAACUUCACUCUCUUUUUUUAAAAGAAAAAAGGUACAUAUGUGGAAACUGAGUGUGUCCACUGUUCUAUUUCUGGCCCAAGAGAUAGCUCUGGGAUGAUUUUUAGACCACUCUGUUUUGUUUUUUUAAGAGAGUAUGCUUCUCUCCUUAAUAGAAGCAUCUUGCUUUAGAAAAGUUGCCUUGGUCUACAGACUAAGCAAAAUUCCAACUCAUCCUAACCUGUUAGAGUUGGAUAAUUUUUAAUGGUUAACCAAUUGUUUUUGAUCUAAUCUUUGGGGUAUUUUGGUUGUUGAUUUUUUUUUCAAGUUAAAUCUGAAGAACUCCAAGAUUUUAGGCACUUAAGAUAUCAGAACCAAAAUUAAUUGGGCUUCAUAAAAAUCCCUUAGUUACCCUUGCCCUAGGUAGUAAAUUAAGUUUGGCGUUAUUGUCAGGUUGGAUAAGCAGCAGAGUAAAACAGUACGAACACAUCCAAGGCUUUUCCCUCUGUCUUCAAGUUGUAUUCUCCCACAUACAUCUUGUAAGGGAAUGGUAAAUGAAAUUUUAGUAGCUGUUUAAUUCCUGAUCUGUCUUCAUUAUAAUGAACUGAUCCCUCUUUGCUAUAAUCCCCACCUGCACCCAUGCCCACACAAAAAACAACGAAACACAAGUGAAAAACCUUUCCAAGUUGCUUAAGUCCUUAAACAUCUGAGCCAAAGACAAUGACAAUAAAACAAGUUACUGUAGGGCUUACCUGGUGGCGCAGUGGUUGAGAGCCCGCCUGCCGAUGCAGGGGACACGGGUUCGUGCCCCGGUCUGGGAAGAUCCCACAUGCCGCGGAGCGGCUGGUCCCGUGAGCCAUGGCCGCUGAGCCUGCGCAUCCGGAGCCUGUGCUCCGCAACGGGAGAGGCCACAGCAGUGAGAGGCCCGUGUACCGCAAAAAAAAAAAAAAAAAGUUACUGUAAAGCUGUUAACUGCUUUGCAAGUAGGGCUAAGGUGUCAAAUUAACUAUAUUGGCACUGCUGAGCUAUAAAGCUUUCUAUACCUGUAAUAUAAAGUGUUUGAGUUUUUAAUUGGGCUGUAUGAUCAGUAGUUUAUUUUGGAAAGCUCUGUGAGCUCUAAGAAACUGCAUGGUUUUUAUUUGAUGUAAUAUAGGAGACCCUCCACCUUCUCAAGGAAUACUGAUAUAUUUCAAAACAUUUUUGUGACUGUCCAAAUUUGUGAAAUUACUAGGGCAUAAUGAAGUAAGGUGUAAUCAAGAAAUUUAAAUGACCUCUACAGAGCAUUUUAUUGAAUUCCUGGUGAUACUUAGGCAAUGGCAAAGCCACGCUGAGUUACAAGUGCCAGGCCUCUGACUCCUGAGUAAUAUGCCUUAUAUGCACUAGACCUUCCAUAUCUGAGGUUCAAAUUAGCGCACGGAAAUUAUCUGUCAUGUUGUAUUUUUUAGCAUAGAUUGGGAACACUUAAAUUCUUGAGUCCUCAGACGCCAGGGGUCUCUCUGUAGUGUCAGUGUUUAACAGAAACUAACUCCAUAAUGAAUGGAAUUCAAUUCCACACAUGGUUUGUUCAAGCACACUUACUUAAUAAGUAGCCUGUUUUUUAAAUGUCUUUUUAAAAUGUAAAUAUUUGAAGUUUUUAUUUGUUUUGAUAUAUUAAUUUGCCACACCAACUAUGGUUUCAGAAUUCAUCUUUUGAACAACGUGGUUCCAGAGUCUGUAAAAUGAACUGAGAAUCUUGUGUAUUAAGCCUGUCAUUGGGACGUGUGAGAAUAAUGUGUUCAUAAAGCAUGGAUCUCA